AUGCACUGGACACCCGAGCAUGCUCAGCCCCUGAACCAGUGGCCAGAGCAGCACCUUGAUGUCUCCUCCACAACCUCAUCGCCUGCCCACAAGUCGGACCUCUACCACAGCAGCCGGCAGCGCUUCAACUACGCCUGGGCCAACGAUGACAUCUCUGCCCUGACCGCCUCCAACCUGCUGAAGAGGUAUGCUGAGAAGUACUCCGGAGUACUGGACUCCCCAUAUGACAGGCCACCGGGGCUCAACACCUACGGGGAUGGCGCCUUUGGGCCCCUCAACGGCCAGAAGGGAGAGAUGGAGCCUUGGCCGAUGGCGCACAGCUCAGAGGGGGCUUACCCUUUGACCCCGAUGCACGAUGGAUUGCCCACCUCCAAGGGGAUCAUCCCUCCUGCUGUCACCCCUGGGAACAGCCUUGGGACCUCCCCGGUGGUCUCCAGCAAUCUGUCGGACUCCAUUUACCCCAGUAACACAUGCGGGGGACCCCCGACUUCUGGCAGUCUUGGUCCGUCUCAGGAGUACCCUUCAGGCUACAGUGGGGCCUACUUGCCAUCGGGCUACUGCAGCCAACCUGCCUCGGCGCUUCCGCCUCCACACCCGUCCACCUUGCAUAGCUCAGGCCUCCUUCAACCCAGCCACCCUUCCACGGCGCUCGUCCCCAGCUACAGCUCCUCAGGACCCAUGUACAAUUACGCCUCAGGCAGCUACCCACCCCAGCCUGGCUAUGGCACCAUUCACCCUCCCCACCCGUCAGCCUCGUAUUUGCCCUCGGGCAUUGCUGCCCCCACACCCAUCCCUCCUUCCUCUCGCCCCCCUGUCGUCCCUGGGUACAGCUACCAGAGCCCCCUAGCUGUGCCACCCCUCAGUGGUGAGUCGGGGAGCUCUCUGAAAAGGAAGGCCUUUGAUCUCGCCGGCGGUGAAGAUGACGGCGAAGGCCGGUAUCGCAAAUACAGCUAUGAGCAACCAAAGUCUCCGUAUCAGAUGUCCGACAGCGGUGAAUGUAGAGGAAAUGGGUUCAGCCGCAGCUCUGAGGUGCCUUUCAAAGGGGGGAAGAGGCCCGCAGGCGUGGCGGCCACCACCGUGGCUUCAGAGGAGCCUGUGGGGAAAUACAACAGCCAGCCCAUGAAAGGCCUGGUGUCUACGGCUUACAGCGUGGGUGAAGCCCCGCUGAGGCCUAGCGAGACCUUUGAGAAGUUCACCCCUCCGGCUGCCAACGGGGAACAUGGAGGAGAGUCCUUUGCCCUCAGGAUGCAACCCAAGCCGCCACCCUUCAGCAGCGACAACAGCAGCCAGACUGUGGAAGAGCAGCUGAAAGCCAUGGACCCGUUUGUUCUGGAGCUGGUGAACAACAAGAUCAUUGAUUGCGGUCCUCCAGUUCAGUGGACAGACAUCGCAGGGCAAGUCUCUGUCAAAGCUGCCAUCGAGGAAGAGCUGGUGUGGCCCAUCUUGAGGCCAGGUGCUUACACUGGGGCAAGCCGGCCACCCAAAACCAUCUUGCUCUUUGGACCUCGCGGUGUCGGGAAGACCCUGUUGAGCAGAUGCGUUUGCACCCAGCUGGGGUCCACCCUGAUGAAGCUCAGCGGGACAGCCUUGGUCUCCAAGUGGAAGGCAGAAGCCGAGAAGAUCCUGCAGGCCACGUUCUUCGUGUCCAACUGCCGGCAGCCGGCGGUCGUUCUCCUCACUGAUGUGGAAUCCCUCCUGGAAGACGCCGCUGUCCUGAAGUCCCAGCUCCUUUCCUACCUGGAUAACCUUGCUACCUCAGGCGAGCAGAACGUUGUGGUCAUAGCAACCACCACCAGGCCUGGCAACCUGGACGAAGCCACCCAGAGGAGGUUUGCCAAGCGCUUCUACAUCUCCCCGCCAGACAGCGUUGCCAGGCGGCAGAUCCUGCACCAUGCUUUAGCCCAGCAAAACUACUGCCUCAACGAGAGGGAGAUGGCCUCCAUUGUCCAACUCACUGAGAGCUAUUCCGGCAGCGAGCUCCUCCACCUCUGCCAGCAGGUUGCGUCCAGCAAGCUGCAGAGCCUGCCGGGGCAGCUUCAGCCCACCUCCUACAAGGAUUUCGAAAGCGUUUUCUGCAAAAUCCACCCUGCCGUCUCUCAGAAGGAGCUGGACUUGUACGUGGAAUGGGAUAAAAUGUAUGGGUCUCAGCACUAG